ACUUUUUGGACUUGGUUAACGACAUGUUUAACUAGUUUGUUGAAAUAAAUUGAAGUAUGGAAAUACGUGUCCAAAAUGACUGAGAGCUAAAUCAAUCGGAAAAACUCAUUUUAUACUAUAUUUUGUAUAGUUUUAGGAAAUUAUACACCAAAGGGUUAUGAAUUUUAUCAUGAGUUUUAGGUUGUAAUUUGUAAUUGAAUCAACAAUGGAUGAAGAUUUGUUAAGCCAGGGAACCAAAAGUAAAGGGGCAAUUUCACAAGCAUGGACUCGGUUGUCUCAGAUCUAUCAAUCUACCUUGGACUCCUGGACACCCCAUGCUAGAUUAAGGUGGGGAAGUACUUGCUUCCUUCUAAUCCUGUUUGGUCUGCGGAUAUUUGCAAAACAGGGAUGGUAUAUUGUAACAUAUGCCCUUGGAAUCUAUCAUUUGAAUUUAUUCAUAGCAUUUUUAACCCCAAAAAUAGAUCCUGCCAUGGACUUUGAUGCUGAAGAUAAUGGUCCAGAAUUACCAACUAGAGCAAAUGAAGAAUUUCGACCGUUCAUAAGAAGAUUACCAGAGUUUAAAUUCUGGUACUCUGUAACAAGAAGUACAGUAAUAGGAUUUAUUUGCACCUUUUUUGAAUGUUUCAACAUUCCUGUAUUUUGGCCAAUUUUGGUUAUGUACUUCAUCACCCUGUUUUGUAUUACUAUGAAGAGACAGAUAAAGCACAUGAUAAAGUAUAGAUAUUUGCCCUUCACACAUGGAAAACCAAAGUAUCAAGGACAUGAAGAUCAAGGCAAAGUCAUUAUUUCAAAAUGAGACCAGGCAGUUGUAGCAUAUUUGACAAUUUUUUUUAAAUGAAAUAACUCCUGUAACAUCUACUUAUGACAUACCUUGAAAGACGUGUUAUUUCUCUGAAAUAUGUUUAUUUAAGAAUGUUCUUUAUGGAAAAGUGUGAAUUUACAAAGAUAAAUGCCACAAAAAUUUGAGUUAUGUCCUAUUGUUUAUGUUCAUAGUUUAAAAGCAGUAUAGGUUGGCAUGCAUCAGCCAGAAAACUCAAAUAUUUUGUCAUAAAUUUUUGAAAUUCAUUGUUAUAAAGUCUCAGUUAGGUACAAAUAUUGUGGAUAUGUUUAUAUGUAUAAAAUAUCUAUGUGGUGAAAAUAAUUUUUUUUCAGUAUCCUUAUAAAAAUUAAUCAAAUAUUCAUAUUCUAAUUCAAAAUUUUAUUUAAUGUUUCUGUUCAUUGGCAAAUAAAUUGUUAUUCCUUUUA